UCCCUCUGCGGUGGCCGUCCGGGGGCGACACGUCCUAAGAGCAGAGCGCCAGACGGAAGCACGGCCGGGACUGACACGUGGCCUUGGGCGGCGCUGCCCCGUGUGGGUUGGAGAGGCGGGCGCCCGACCUGAACGCGCUGCGCCCGCGGACGGCUGCCCCCGAUGCAGCCGCUGCCACCGGAGGAGGCCCGCAGGGACGGGGCUGAGGACGCCCAGUGGUCCAGGCCCGAGUGCCAGGCAUGGACGGGGACGCUGCUGCUGGGCACGGGCCUGCUGUACUGCGCCCGGGUCAGCGUGCCCGUGUGCGCCGUCUCCAUGAGCCAGGACUUCGGCUGGAACAAGAAGGAAGCCGGCGUCGUGCUCAGCAGCUUCUUCUGGGGCUACUGCCUGACUCAGGUGGUGGGCGGCCACCUGGGGGACCGGAUCGGGGGUGAGAAGGUCAUCCUGCUGUCCGCCUCCGCCUGGGGCUUCAUCACUGCCGCCACCCCGCUGCUCGCCCGCCUCAGCAGUGCUCACCUGGUCCUCAUGACCUUCUCGCGCAUCCUCACGGGCUUGCUCCAAGGGGUCUACUUCCCGGCGCUGACCAGCCUGCUGUCACAGAAGGUACGAGAGAGCGAACGCGCCUUCACCUACAGUGCCGUGGGGGCCGGCUCCCAAUUUGGGACGCUGGUGACGGGGGCCGUGGGCUCCCUGCUCCUGGACUGGUACGGCUGGCCUAGCGUCUUCUACCUCUCCGGCGGGCUCACCCUGCUGUGGGUGUGUUAUGUGCACAGGUACCUGCUGAGUGAAAAAGAUCUCAUCCUGGCCUUGGGUGUUCUGGUGCGAGGCCUGCGGGUGUCCAGGCGCACCAAAGUUCCCUGGAGACAGCUUUUCCGGAAGCCCUCUGUCUGGGCAGCCAUCUCCGCUCAGCUGUCGUCCGCGUGCGCUCUCUUCAUCCUCCUCUCCUGGCUGCCGACCUUCUUCAAGGAGACGUUCCCCAGCUCCAAGGGCUGGGUCUUCAACGUGGUGCCCUGGCUGGUGGCCAUCCCCGCCGGUCUGUUCAGCGGGUUCCUCUCCGACCAUCUCAUCAAUCAGGGUUACAGAACCAUCACUGUUCGGAAGUUCAUGCAGGUGAUGGGCCUUGGCCUGUCCAGCGUUUUUGCCCUGUGUUUGGGGCACACCUCGAGCUUCUGCAAAUCUGUGGUGUUUGCAUCAGCUUCCAUCGGCCUGCAGACCUUCAACCACAGUGGCAUUUCCGUCAACAUCCAGGACCUGGCUCCAUCCUGUGCCGGCUUUCUGUUCGGUGUGGCCAACACAGCUGGGGCCUUGGCAGGUGUCGUGGGCGUGUGCUUGGGAGGCUACCUCAUCGAGACCACGGGCUCCUGGACGUCCAUGUUCAGCCUGGUGGCUGCCGUCAGCAGCCUGGGGCUGUGCAUCUUUCUGCUGUUUGGAGAGGCCCAGCGCGUGGACCUGAGCCCUACCCACGAGGACCUCUAGCUGCCUCGGCCUGACGGUUCCCCGAGGACCCAGUGCUGCCCGCCUCGGGGCGUCGGGCUGUGUUGAAGAGCCUCCCACUCCUGAUCCCGGGUGUGUGAGCAGAGGGGGACGGGCCCCAGCGGAGCCCGGGCAGCCCUGGUGGGCCUCAGUCUCUCCACCAGCCAGUGAGGUGAUCGCGCCCUCCCCCGGGGUUCGUGGGCUGGCAGGGGUGAGUGGGAUUGGUGUUUUGAGUAGCAGCUGCACUAUCACAGUCUGUCCCACGUAGGUCUGCGUGCCCACGUGGUCACUGGGUGGGAGGGCUGCCUGUCUGUCAUCACGGGGGCAGGGGCACCACCCAGCUGGACUCUUCCCUCAGACCUGCUCUGCUUAGCCUCUUGGCCCUGGGGCCAGAUCAUUCUUCCUGGGGGGUGCUGUCCUGUGCACUGCGGGCUGUUUAGCAGUUGGCCCCCGCCUACUAGGUGACCCCCACCCCCUGCCAGUGAUGACAACCAGCACUGGCUUCUGGCCUCACCACAUGUCCUCAGGAGACUGUGCCUUGGGCCAGAACCGCGGCUCUGAUGGAGGCUGUUGGGGGUUGUGGGCUAGACGCCCUUGCCCAUCUUUGGGCCCCCCCCGGCACCCCCCUGUGGGUCCCUCUCUGCCAGGGAUGCUUCUGGGGACCAGGGAGCCCUCCCACCUUGUCCUUCUCUCUCUCAUAACAAGAAACUGGUCAUCUCGUGAGUUUGUAAUAGAUUUUGCAAGAUGUCUAUGUAGAAGAACUAAGAAUGUGGAGAGAUCACACCAGACUUAUUUAAAUGAUAAGCUAUUAAACUGGAAAAGGAAGGCUGCGAUUUUAUUAACCUUCCUUUAUUUA